AUGGCUAGAUCAGAUUUCGGCUCGGUCACUGGAUGGAAUAAUAAUCGUGCCAUGACAUCAAGUGGCACGCUACGUAUAACAGUCGAGAAAAAUGCUCUGUCCGGAGCAGGAGGGCUCAUAUCAAAUACCAGAAUUCCAGAAGGUUCUGCUUAUGAAUUAGAUUUCGAUGUUAGAUUUCACAGUCAAUUUGAAUGGAGCCGUGGUGGAAAGGUUGGCUUCGGUUUUGGUAUUGGAAAUGGAAACACAGGAUGCAAUUUACCAACUGAUGGAGCUGGUGGCACUCUUCGUUUAAUGUGGUACCAAAAUCCAAGUACAAAUCGAGUCUAUUUUCAUCCAUAUAUUUAUCAUGAAGGAAUGCCAGGACCGUGCGGAAGCAAUUUUGGCAAAUCUUAUCCAUCGUCAGGUAGUAUUGAAAAAGGCAAAUGGUACAAAGUUCAUAUGUAUGUCAAAUCAAAUACUGGUAAUAAUGUUAAUGGACGUGUACAAAUUCUUAUCAAUGGUGAAUCACUGAUUGAUCAAAGUAUUCGUUGGACAACAAAUGAUAGCAAACGACUUAUCAACAAUUUAUCCUUUCAUACAUUUCGCGGUGGAAAAGCAGAUGAAUGGAAAUCUGGUACUGAUGGUUAUAUUUACUAUGACAAUCUGUAUGUUCGACAAAUUAGUGCAUAA